AUGAACAAGCUUCCACCGGAACUUAUUGAUGCCAUCGGAAGCCAUUUUGAUUACUCGGACUGGUGCGCCCUCCGACUUACAUGCAAGAUUUUCUAUCAACUCUCUUCUUCCCACUUUGCGAGGCGCUAUUUUCGGCAUGUCAGCGUGAUUCUAACCCGGGAUGCUCUUGCGGAGCUCGAAUCUCUCACCCUGCAUGAAUCAUUCAGAAGGGUAGUAGAAGAGUUGAGCAUCAUCCCCCAGGCAUUUGGAGAUUACGAGAUGGAUCUUGAUGCCUUUAAAAUUAUCUUACACCUUUGUACGCCGGAGAGCCAAGAUUGGACAGUUGAGGAAGUGCAAGCGCAAUAUUUGAUAUAUGAGGCUGCUCAGACGGAUCAUCUAGCAUUCGCAGAGUCUGUUAGCUUAGUCAAGAGUCUUAGUCGAUGCCUAGAGCGAUUGGAAAAUGUUUCUAUAAUCGGGUUGAGACCCUAUCCUUCCCAACGACCAGACAGUCAGAACCCGUUUGUCUGUCUCGGCAUGCGCGCCUUACGGAAACAGCUCCCCUUCGACCCCUGUAUACGGUUCUUGCUGGUCGGUGCCGAUGCACAUCGCCCUGUUCAUCGGAAUUUCAUUUCGCGCUCCAUAGUAUGGACUAUGUGGAAGGACAUAAGACAUCCGGUUUGGGCCAAGGGGCUUACCAGUCUCUUCGAAGCUAUGUGUGCAGCGUCUCCCCCUAUAAAAGUUCGAAGGCUGUACACCUGCCACGUUGAAGACGAGUUCGUGGUUCCGCCAGACUGUUUUACUCUUUCUGAAUCACUUUACCAGAGCCUGAAAUUUCUUCUUCAUGAGCUACGGGACCUGGAAGUACGUCUCGGCCCCUCAAAUCGGAAUGAAACAUCGGAGUCUCUUCCAUGUCUCGUUAUCCGGGCUGCUCCGAAUCUCCACAUUCUCCGUCUUACUCUGUGGGACCAAUUCCAUAACUUAAGCGCGGAUAAUUUCACCAACCUGGCCAAACAAGUCCGUUUCACCUGCCUCUCGGAGCUUCAUCUCCACUGGGUCGAGCUCACUCAACCCAGCUUCCAGUUAUUCUUGCGCACAGCCGCCCCUACCCUGCAGGUUCUGACCCUGAUUGCAGUUAGUUUGAAUGACCCAGUACCAGUAAGGAUGGGUUCUUCACCAGAGUUCCGUGAGGCCAUGUUGACUCUCUGGCGUCACUUCUUGAAUACUUUGCGUGACGCCAUUCCAGGUGUUAACUUCUUCCGGAUGCGGGGGCUUGCAUAUCGCCAGCGUAGGUUUUCCAUGGACGAUCCCUUAAAAAGUGCGAUGGAUUUGCGCAAUCUAUACUCCCACGACAGUUAUGUCUAUAAGAUCAAUACGACAGUGAGCUUUACCGAAUGGAUCAAUCAGUUAAAAUUGCGCCCAGGAUGUCCCUUGGAGGAUCGCCGUCUACCAAGACAUCGCACCGCAAAAUUACAUCACCGCUUCCAGACGGCGGACCGCGAACGAAACCUAGAAAUGUCUUUCAUGAACGAUAUUGUAGUGGCUUCUGCAAAUGCGAUGUUAAACAUCGAUUUAACAUGA